CCACUCCUCCUGCCAUCUUUUUGUGCUACACGACAGGCUAACUGGCUAGGCGAGGGGUCUCCAUCAGAAGGAGGCGGAGAAGCCUGCAAGCAGUAGAGAGAGAGACUGAAACCUUCCCUGGAGAAUCGGGAAGCUCUUCCACACAGGAAAUAGUUAUUAGAAAGGCUGUACAAUGUCCGACUUUGACAGCAACCCGUUUGCAGACCCGGACUUCAGCAAUCCCUUUCAGGAUCCUUCGGUGACGCAGGUGACCCAGUCUGCCCCUCCUGGUGGUCUGGAGGAGUAUAACCCCUUCACAGACGCCAGAACGGCGGCACCUGGAAAUGCCCCCAAAUCUGCUCCUGCCCCAGCUCAGAACACACAACCUGCCAUCAUGAAGCCCACAGAAGAGCCGCCAGCUUACUCACAGCAACAGACUCAGGUACUGCACACAGAAACAUCACGUGCUCAGGCUGAGCUGUUGAGAAGGCAGGAGGAGUUGGAGAAGAAAGCAGCAGAGCUCGAUCGCCGGGAGAGAGAGUUACAGACCCACGGAGCAGCAGGUCGUAAGAAUAACUGGCCUCCGUUGCCAGAGAAGUUCCCAGUCGGCCCCUGUUUCUACCACGAUAUCGCAGUGGACAUUCCUGUACAGUUCCAAAAGACCGUCAAGAUCAUGUACAACCUUUGGAUGUUUCAUGCAGGCACUCUCUUUGUCAACAUGUUCGGCUGUCUGGCCUGGUUCUGUGUGGAUGCAUCUCGUGGUGUAGAUUUCGGCCUGGCCAUGCUCUGGUUUCUGCUGUUCACCCCGUGUUCUUUCGUCUGCUGGUACAGACCACUUUACGGGGCUUUUAGGAGUGACAGUUCAUUCCGCUUCUUUGUCUUCUUCUUCGUCUAUAUCUGCCAGUUUGGAGUUCAUGUUCUACAAAGUAUCGGCAUCACCGGCUGGGGAACAUGUGGUUGGAUUGCAGCUUUGACUGGUCUGAACACCAGUAUCCCAGUGGGCAUCAUCAUGUUACUGAUCGCAGCUCUGUUCACUGCACUGUCUGUGGGCUCGCUCAUUAUGUUUAAGAAGGUGCACGCACUGUAUCGCACCACCGGUGCUAGUUUCGAGAAGGCUCAGCAGGAGUUCGCUACUGGGGUCAUGUCUAACAAGACUGUUCAGACUGCAGCCGCCAACGCUGCCGCCAAUGCUGCAACCAACGCUGCUCGUGGAGCCUUCAAAGCUCAGCCAUAAACACACGCACACACACUUACACAUGCUCUGUCACACAUACAAGCUUAUAAAUACAAUAAGUUGGAGGUGCACAACUCUGGCCCUGCAGGUGAUCGUAUACAUUUAAUUCUAUUAUUGAAUGUUUCACUCAGAUCUCCCUGCACCCUUUGCUUAAAACUUGCAAAGAAUUUUUAAGAGGCAUUAAAAACAAAAGAGUUUAAUUAAAUAGGGUGACCAGAGUUGUCCUUCUUCAAUUAAAUGAAGCAUUCAGUAAAGAAAAAAAAAACCUCCUACAUCUUUCCUUUCUGCUUUUCAGUCAGAUGACUGUCUGCUCACAAACCUUGAAACAUCCACUAAGUGACUUAGUGUAUGUUAGACCUAGUGUUCUGCUCUGAGCGAGUGGGAUUUGAUCUCAAAUUAUGUUGCUCCAUUCCUCGCUUACCCUGUUCCUCUGUCACCUUGAGGUGACCCUAGGUCAGGCAGAGGUCGCAUUUUCUAGCAUACCUUGUUUUUGUCACGGUGAUGACCUCCGAACAGCCUCCUGCCUGUUUAUAAUACAGUCAUGAAAAAUGAUAAUCGAAUUAUGGUGUUUUGCACAUACUAGUUCUGUUUUCUUGGUCAAAUACUGGAAGUACGGUGAAUGUUUGAAUGGUUGGGCCUGUAUGUGAAUGUGUCACUUUUUCUAUAAUCCAGUACUUGGUCACUGAGAUCUGAAAGGUAAAUUAUACCUUGUCCCAUAUGUGUGCUUCUAUUCUGAGACAAAUUAUCAUCCUGGUAAUUUAUGAAAAAUAAGAAUAUGUUCUUAUGUGAGAACCUGCCCGCCGCCCCUACAGCGCCCCAGUGACACAUGUCAGUCAAACAAAUAUUCACUCUUUGUGUGCUUCUUUGAUCGGCAGUGUGGGCUGGGUCGGCAUCGUCGCAGCUUAUUGAGAUUUGAAAGCAUGAGAAGAACAUGCAUGAUUAGCACACUUGAGGAAGCGUCAAGUAACUCCGGCUGGUUUUGGGAGGUGGGGGGGUGGGGGGAUGUGUGUUAUUUAUUUUCCCUCUGUUUCUGUGAAAAGUGGGCUUUAAAGUUACUGCAUGUCCCAGUGGCUAUCUGAUCGAUACAGUUUUGGAUUCUUUUUGCGCAGAUGUAAUGACGACACCCUGUUCCCACCACAAACUUUUAAAGAGGCUCAGUCAGAUAUUAUGACGUCCUGGUGCGCUAAUAGGGGAGACAAAGUUAAGAUACAUUUUCAUCUUCAUCUUUUUGUGUGUGUAUGACACUAACAGACUACUGUGUUGCUCAUCUCUUUGUUGUCUUUGUAGCCCCUUACACUCGCUUACAAAUCUUAACGCUGCUAUAAAUCAUCUCAUGUUUAAAGAGACACAUACUGCACCACACAAAGGGGGAUAAGUGGCCUGAACUGGACAGCUAUAAACCUAUGAUUCUUCAAAGACGCAACUAGUCCUUUUUCAUUAUUACAUACAGAAAAUCAUCUCUGUCAGUGAGGGAUUACUGGGCUUCAGAGCUGAAAACAAACAUUAAGAUAACAGAGGACUGGACUUAAUGCACAUUCAGUGAUAUCACUAAGAUACAUGAAUUCAUACAAUAACAGUGUUAUCCAGCACGAAGCUGUACAGACUACUGUCACAGAAGUGAGUGAUGGACAUGGGUUACUUUUCUUGUUGUGCUUUAGCAUCUCAUAGCGGUGGUGAGUGUCUGAAGAUGUGCAUGAUAAGAGGACAGAUGACUGAUCCUGCUUUGUUACAAACGUAUGAUGAGCUGAACAUUAUAGUGGACUAAGUACUCCAGAGAUUGUUACACAUGUAAAAGUCACUGAUUCAUCAGCCAUAACCAUAAGCUGACAGCUUAGUUGGCAGUAUUGUUUUUGUUUGAAAUCCAUUGCACAUUUCUUGUUCUAUGUUGACCUUAGUGCAAAAGACAAAACCUUUUUAUUUAUAAUGUAAUUUAAGUUGUUUGCAUUUCAAUUUUGUUGGGUUGGAUUUAACAUUGUGUAUUAUGUUUGUGUGGUUUUGUAAAGACAUGAUCAUAGCAUCAGCUAGAUUGAAAAAGUGUUAAAUGACUAUGUACCCUGCGGGAGGAGUGCUUGUGUAGAAGAGGACGUGUGUAUGAUUGGUAUGAAAGGAAAAGGUAAAAAAGAAAUCUCCCUCAAGUGUUAUUCUAUGUCCUGAAAAGCUGUGAGAAAUCUACCAAAAUGUCCAUAUAGAUUUGUUUUUAAAUCUUGGUUUGUGAUGUGUUCCCUAGCUACGUUUAACGUUAGGAUAAUACACAACUUUCCCGUGCUACAAACACCCACUCAUUCUCCCGUACAUCUAGAGGUCGAUACCGUUUCUAAAUGAAGCCAUGCCACAGAGGGUCAUUCCUUGAUGUGUCGGGAGAGCUGGUCUGCAACCGUGUUGUGAUCUGUGACCAUGAUUUCACUGAAUCAGAGAAGAAAGUCAUUCAAAAAGGGACACUUGUAUAUUUUGUAAAGUUGAACAUUUGAUCCCCAUUAUCAAUCACAUGUAAAAAGAAAAUGUAAUGCACUCUUGUCUGGCCUUCGUUGCAUGUGAAAUAGUUUGAGUUUUGUAUAUUUAUGGUAUUAACAUGAAAUAAAAUUUGAAAGAAAUA